AUGAAAGAUUUAAGUGAGACAUCUAGUAUACACGAGAAUAUUUUACAAAAAAUAUUGCCGAAUUAUGUGUGUGGUACAAAUGUUGACAUUUGUUCUACGUGUAAAGCGGCUUUAAGCAAAGAAAAAGUACCUUUAAUGGCGACAUACAACGGUUUUUCAUACCCAAUAAUUCCAUACGAUCUGCCAACAUUAAAUCUUGUUAUGUUAAUUUUACGGCUAUGGGUAAUAGUCUGA